CGUCCAUUAUGCGAGUCAGCUCCCACUGCCGCUUGUGCUACAGCGACGAUAAACAGUUUCAGCUUCAAAUCUGACUGUGACAAAGUACUGACACUGGAGACUCCCUCUGUAAGUAAUAAAUAAUAAAAGGUAUAUCUGAAACAUCACCUUAUCAUGGAUUACACACAUGUGCAUUGUCUGCAAUACAGUACAAUACCCUGUGAACAAGGUAGAUGAGGAAUAAGGUACAUGAACGAGCAGAUUAAUACGACUUGGAGCUAGAACUGCUUUUAGAGCCGCCGUUAAGAGAUUCUCGUAACGCGGGUGAACUUGGAAUGUACCGUCGUGUAGGUCUCGUGUUAGAUUUGUCCUCAGCCGCCGCACUGUAUUCUCUUCCUUUUAAUUACGUUCGUACGCGGAGGAAAAAAGGCGCCAGAAGGAGACCCAGCAAGUGCAACCGGAGCUAAGGCAGCCGUCUGAGCCGAGCAGGAAUGUAAGGCUCGCUCAUUUGAAGUUAAAGAUAGAGGCAGCGCAGGCUGGAGCCUGACAGUUUCUAAUUUCAGAUGGCUGCUCCCGCUUCACUGCACUGCUUUUGUUGUGGUGCUCGGGCCUGUUGAGAAAGCAAGAGGGACGUCUACGGCAGGAACGACGUUACAGGCAACACAACUUUGUAAAUACAAGUGAGAGAGAGAGUGAGAAAGAAAGAGAGAGAGACGGACCAUGGUGCUCUCUAGCGGAAUGAUCGAGGAAGCUGAGCGUAGCAGCAGCAGCACCAUGGCAGACAGAAGACAACUGUUUGCUGAGAUGCGAGCUCUACAGUUGGAUUCCAUCAGACUUUCCACCUACAGAACUGCAUGCAAGCUUAGAUUCAUUCAGAAGAGGUGCAAUCUGCACUUAGUAGAUAUUUAUAACAUCAUCGAAGCCUUUCGGGAGAAUGGCCUUAACACCAUGGACCUCAACACGGAGUUCUCAGUGGCUAGACUCGAAGCAAUACUGUCCACCAUCUUCUUCCAGCUGAACAAGCGGAUGCCGACUACACACCAGAUCAACAUGGAGCAGUCCGUGUUGCUUCUGCUCAACUUCUUGCUGGCAGCAUAUGACCCGGAAGGUCUAGGCAAGAUCUCCGUGUUUGUCAUGAAGAUGGCGCUUGCUACGUUAUGCGGAGGGAAGAUUAUGGACAAAUUAAGAUAUAUAUUUUCUCAGAUAUCCGACCCCACGGGGGUGAUGAUUUAUUCCCAGUUUGACCAGUUCUUGAAGGAGGUGCUCAAGCUACCCGUUGCCAUUUUUGAAGGGCCGUCUUUUAGCUACACCGAGCAGACCGCGAGGAUUUGCUUUGCACAACAAAAACAGGUUUCUCUGAACAUGUUCCUGGACACCUUCAUGUCCGAUCCUCCACCACAGUGUCUUGUAUGGUUGCCACUUAUGCAUCGGCUGGCUAACGUGGAAAACGUCUUCCACCCAGUCGAGUGCUCCUACUGCCACAGCCAAAGCAUGAUGGGAUUCCGCUAUCGUUGCCAACAAUGCCAUAAUUACCAGCUCUGUCAGGAGUGUUUCUGGAAGGGACAUGCCUCAGGCUCCCAUAGCAACCAGCACCAGAUGAAGGAAUACACAUCAUGGAAAUCUCCUGCUAAGAAGUUAUCAAACGCCAUCAGCAAGUCUCUGAGCUGUGCCUCUCACAGGGAGCCUCUCCAUCCUAUGUUCUCCGACGUUCCUGAGAAACCUCUAAAUCUUGCUCAUGUGGUUGACACUUGGCCUCCAAGGCCAGCGAACAGUGGGAAUGAGUACACGCUGUCCCACACCAUGCCCUCGACCAACAAGCCCUUAAGAGUAGCCGGGAACGAGGACAAUAAACCGUUAAGACUCCUGACCAGGGAUACUCCUGACCUACUGAAAGGGAAAGGGGUUCAGUACAGCCUUGAUAUUGCGGACAGACUCGCAGAUGAACAUGUUCUCAUUGGGUUGUAUGUGAACCUCCUCCAAAAGAACCGCAGCGGGUUGCUGGAAAGCAGGACUAAUAACCAGGAUGAUGAGCACUACCUCAUUGCCCGCUAUGCUUCCCGAUUGGCUGCUGACAAAGUGUCGUUGCAAGCCAGAGUGCCGACUGACCUGUCUCUCUCUCUGGACACGAACAAACAACAGAGGCAACUCAUUGCUGAACUGGAAAGCAAAAACAAGGAAAUCUUGCAGGAGAUUCAGCGGUUAAGACAACAGCAUGAUGAAGCAUCUCAGCCUCUAGUUGACAAAAGCCAGCAAAACCCUACACUUCUCGCUGAGCUACGCCUUCUUAGGCAGAGGAAGGAAGAACUGGAAGACAGGAUGUCUGCUCUUCAAGAGAGUCGAAGAGAACUGAUGGUGCAGCUGGAACAGCUCAUGUUACUGUUAAAGAAUCAGGGUCCAAGCUCCGCCUCUCGUUACUCCCCAAGCCACACAGCAAGCAGCUCCAUCCCCAUGCCCGUACCGUCAACUUCUGGCAACACGACACCACUUCAGACGCCUCAAGACUCGCUCAUGGGGCUAGGAGGAGACGUCAUACAAGCUUUUGCUCAGAGUUCUAGACGAAAUUUAAGGAAUGACCUGCUUGUGGCUGCAGACUCCAUCACCAGCACCAUGUCCUCACUGGUCAAAGAGCUUAACUCGGAAGCCGGAAGCGAGUGUGACAGUAACGCUGACGCGGAAGCUGAUGGAUACACUUCACGGGUGUUAGAUGAGGACCUAGAUGGAGAGGGAGGCUAUGAGAAGGAGCUGGAGCGUCGCCUGGAGACAGAAGUGAGGAUGGAUGAGAAAACACCUGCUGGAGAAGGUCUACAUGGUGCAUGCAGAGGAAUCACUCAGUACUGAAGCACUGAGUACUCGACAACGGGUACUGAAUCUACAGAGCAUUAACCCCACUUCUGUAAAUAAACGUCUUUUUUUUUUUUAAUGUACAAAAUUGUGUUUUAGAAAAAUACUGUGAACUGACUCAGAGAUUAUGCAGAGCAGAUUUGUCGUAACACCACCAGUGCCAUAAAACGAGGAAGCAUGGACAUUGUUUUGCCGAACACUUUGUGUACUGUACUUUAGAAAGUGGCGGGAAAAUCAGGUUUAACAAAGCUGCUAUCUUUUAUAGCAUACGUCACACUUCGCACUGAUUCGCCUGGCUAGAUUUGUCUUAAUGUUUCUGGGUUUUUGUUUUUUUUCUGUCUGACUUGUUUCUUUGCAAGCGAAAAUAGCUUGAGGUAACUUUGAUGUAUAAAUUCGUAAAGACCUUAAAAUCCCAAAUGACUACACUGCCUUAGCUUAGCUAAUCAGGUUAACGUUUGAAGAAUUACACUAAAAUUAUAUGAAAGGUUUGUACGUUGGUUUUUUUUUUUUUU